GCAUUAUCAGAAUACUUACAUAACUAAGGAAUGAAAAAACCGUUCUUUUGGUCUCCAAACCAUCUGGCUUUGUGUUUGAACAAAUGCUUGAAAGGGAAAGCCUUGAAACCGGGAAAACAAGUUCAUAGCGUGCUUUUAGGUUCUGGGAUUGACACAAAUAUCUUGUCUUUGAGUUCAAAGCUUGUGGGGAUGUACGCAAGUUGUGGGGACAUUAGGUCUGCAAAAUCGGUUUUCGAUAAAAUCCAUAACCCGAAUGUUUUCUCCUGGAACUGGAUGGUUUUCGCUUUGGCGUUUAAUGGGGAUUGUGAAGAGGCAAUUGGGUACAUUUCUUUGAUGCGAGAAUCAGGAGUUUUUGGCAAUAAGUUCACCUUUUCGAUUGCUCUUAAAGCUUGCCUUGGUUUGAUGGACGUGAAGAAGGGAAAAGAGGUUCAUGCUGUGGUAACUAAAAUGGGCUUUGAGAGUGAUGCGGCUGUGGGAAAUGCCUUGAUAGAUAUGUACUGUAAAUGCGAAAGAAUGUGCCAUGCACGCAAGGUGUUUGAUAGAAUGGCUAAAAGAGAUAUUGCUUGUUGGACGUCCAUGAUUUGUGGUUAUUUCAGUGCAGGCAAGGCUGAGCUAGCACUAGUCUUGUUUCAGAGGAUGAAGAUGGAAGGAGUCGAACUGAAUAAUUUCACUUGGAAUGCCAUGAUAGUGGGGUUUGCCCGGUGCGGAGAUACUACCAAAGCGUUUGCGCUAAUCUCCAUGAUGAGACAAGAAGGAUAUGCUCCUGAUUUGGCUACUUGGAAUGCAAUAAUUUCGGGGUUUGCUCAAAGCCAGCAUGUUGUUGAAGCUUUGGAGAUGUUCCGGGACAUGUUACUUUCUGGGACUAAACCGAAUCAAGUGACCAUCACAGGAUUGCUCCCUAUAUGUGGGUUGACUGGUUCAAUUCAAACAGGGAGGCAAAUUCAUGGGUUGAUUUAUAGGAUGGGGCUUGACAUUAACUCCUUUGUUGCUUCCGCUCUUGUUGAUAUGUACUCAAAAUGUGGCAAUAUUGAAAAUGCUUGCACCGUGUUUGACAGAGUUCGUGUGAAAAAUGUUGUCUUGUGGAAUGCAAUGAUAGGGUGCUACGGAAAACACGGUAUGAUUGAUUCCUCAUUACAGCUUUUCGAGAGAAUGCACGAAGAAGGGAUGCAGGCAAAUGGAGUGACUUUUGUGUGUGUUCUUUCGGCUUGCAGCCAUAGUGGUUUAGCAGAGAGAGGUUUAGAGAUUUUCAGGUCCAUGAAAGAGGGUUAUGGGGUUGAGGCAAAUAAAGAACAUUAUGCUUGUCUUGUUGAUCUUUUAUGUCGUUCAGGGAAGAUGGAAGAAGCUUAUCAAGUUGUGAAGGGCAUGCCAGUGGGGAUCACGGAGUCCAUUGUCGGAGCUUUCUUUAAUGGCUGUAAAGUCCACGGAAGAAUGGAUUUGGCUAAAGUGAUGGCUGAGGAGAUUCUGAGAAUGGAGUUGAAGAGACCCGGAGGUUUUGUAACAUUAUCAAAUAUUUAUGCUGUCCAUGGAGAUUGGGAAAAGGUUCAGACUGUAAGGAAGGUGAUGAAGGAGAAGAAAGUCCACAAAAGCGCUGGUUUUAGCUGGCUUGAGAAAAGGGGCUAAUUUGUUGUGGUGCGAAGAAAAGAAGGCAACACAUUUGAGAUUGGUAAGAUAAAACCAGUUCUUUAAAUCUU